AUGAGCCUCAAGAGGUUUUACCACGACCUGGCCCUCGCCAAAAGGGCCCAGUUCGACAACGUCUCCAACAUCCGCAAGGGCGAAUUGAACGAUAGCAUCGCAUUCACCUUUGCCCACCCGGAUCUGGAGAGCCCCGUCGACGUGGAAUUCGUCAUUCAUGAUGUCGCCGACUAUCUGACCGAUGCAAAGUUCAUGGUCUUGACCUCCUCAGACAGCCUUCAAACGACAAAACUUGCCGACUUCCUCCAAGCUCUUUCUGCUCGGAUCCCUCGCAACAGCACCGUUGGCGACAUUGUUUUGCUCGUCUCCAACAGGCUCGCCACCAAAAUGGAGUCUGGCGCCCAAAGCUCCGAGUCAGAGGGCUUUGAUGGCCUCGAUAUUGACGACGAUUUCUUUUCGGACACAAACAUGGACGACGAGCUUGAUGAUGAGGCCGACAUUCAAAUGACGCCUGCGGAUCCCUUUGGCACUCUCGUUGACCGCCACCGCAUCGAAAUGCUGAAGAAGUCUCUACAAGAGACUCAGUCAGCGGGACUAUGUCUUGGCCUUUUCCCGGCCGUGCCAGCGCGGAUGCCCGAAGCCGUCUCGCUCUCCAUCCGAGUCUCGCAGCUCGGGCUUCCCGACGACACUCUGGAGGCGUGGGACCUCAAGUAUCUCGAGCUCUCUGCCGAACAGGAGCUUGUCCGUUUUCGAUUUGGCAAAUGCGCAGCUGCCAAGCCGUCCAUGGACUCAGUUUGCCCCAUCGUUGGAAGUCGAUACACGGAAAGUAACCCGGGCGAGACCGACAACUGCAUCUUCGACUCCUCCGGCUUCCUGCCGACUUGCAUGUCCGCCUCCAUCAAUCGCCUGCUGAAUCAGUGUCUUCACAGAUUGAUCGCUCUCCGCAGAGGCCAUGGGCUUUCUUGGACCGCGGCACAAGAGGCGAUGCAAGCAAUGGAGCAGGGCUCUGCCUUUCGGGAUCCCACAAGCCGGGGCGAUCGUGCAGAUGAAGCAAUCAUUGGCCCGCGGGCUCCCACCCUUCUGGGUAAAGACUUCGCAGUCGACUGUGAGGAGCACUUCAGCAUUCCUUUGGUUGCCAUGCAAGUUGCGCUUCGGCAGUUUGUGCGUUGCACCGAGUUCUGCAUGGUCUGCUACGGGAAACUCGACCACGGACCUGGCUCGCUGAAGCCGUACGUCUGCGCCAAGCCUCUGUGUCUGUACCAGUAUCUCUCUCUGGGCUUUGGCCCGAGCGUCGAGCACGAAAUCAUCAACAGCCCGCACGUCGUCGAUCUUCUCAUUUCCUUCUUCUAUUCCGCUGUCUGGAAUGAUCGGCUUCGCGAGUUCCCGACAGGCCUCCCGCUCAAGGUACCCGACUUCCAGGAGCCAGCCAAAAGCAUCGCCGCCCAGGUUCAACUCAAGGACAACACGAUUCGCAUCCGACCGGACCACAGCGAGGCACACCAGGCCAUCAAAUCUGGUGAUUUUGUUGCUCUAUUCACAUCGGAUGUCAGGAGUGAGUUCUUCUUCCCCUUCUCCCCCCAGACGACCGUCACCAAGCCUUGCGCAGUGUGUCCAUCAAUCAAGUAA